AGUAAUGAAGCUUCCGCUUCUCAAGCCCAAAACUCAUAUUCAGAUAGCUCGCAAAAAUCUCAUGACGUCAAACAAAUUUCGGAAUCGCAAUCUAUUUGUAACACUCCUAAUUUACCUAAAGAAUCCUCAGAACAAAAUACAGACUUACAGAAAACAAAAAUCCCUGAAAUAGAUGUACAGCCAUUGAUAGAAGAAUUAAGAAUAGAACCUUUAGUGGAAGAUACCAUAAGCAAUCACUCGCAAUCGAAUUGGUCCAUCUAUUUGAAAAAAUAA